AUGGGCAUGAACUACCGACGCUACCUUGCUGGGGAACGCAUCUAUGGCUGCUCAGGCUGCAAGACCCAUCUGGCAACCAUACACUCGAUGAUUUCGCGUGCUUUCAAUGGGCAGCAUGGUCGAGCCUAUCUCUUUGACGGAGUAGUGAAUGUCGUUGAAGGCGAGCCUUGCGACCGGCCCAUGACUACGGGAAUUCAUGUUGUGCGCGACAUCUACUGCUGCAAGUGUGGAAUAACUCUGGGCUGGAAAUAUGACAAAGCCUAUGAGCCUAGCCAACGCUACAAGGAAGGCAAAUAUAUCCUCGAAAGGAAUCUACUUGUCGACGUUCAAUGA